AUGUCGAGUAGAGAAGAAGGCAAUAGCGUUAAAAGAUAUGAGCCCUAUGAUAUGGAUGGCAAUGGCGAUACUGGACAAGAAGAUUUAGAAUGCUCAGAUAAAGAAUUUAGAUGUCCAUAUUUAUCGCAAACAAAAUGUGUUCACUACGAGAAAUUAUGCGAUGGUUAUGAUGAUUGCGGUGAUGGUAGUGACGAAGUGAAAUGUACUACUACUGAUAUCAAUCAAAAAUGUCAGUUGAACGAAUAUCGAUGUAACGAUGGACAGUGUAUUCCUGAAAGCGACAAAUGCAAUCGUAAAUAUGACUGUUUAGAUGGAUCAGAUGAAACGAUUUGUGAUUAUUAUAAAAAAGCUGUCAUUGGAUGGAAUAUCCAAACAGAUGAUAAAAGAAAAAGCAUGAAGGAAAGUAAAGUUUUACAUGAAAAAGAAAGGGCACAAGAUAAGCAACGAUUCGAUCAGAUAAUAUGGAAUCCUGAAGUACAGCAUGGAAUGCAAGAAGAAAGAAGAAAAUAUGAAGAUCGACGUGUUAUAACUGAAAAGCAACAAAUAGAGCCGAAGCGAACUAAUGGCGAUGACAUGAGUCGAAAUAAUGGCGAACGAAAUCGGAAAGACGAAGAACGAAAAUACGAUUCCGAAGAAAAAAAUGAAUAUGAUGAAAUAUAUUUUGAGAAUGAAGGAUUUCGUAGAAAUAGUGAAAAACAUGAUAAGGAUAAAGUAUCAAGUCGAACUGAUAAAACUCAACAAAUAGAUUAUCGUAAAACUGUAGAAAAAAAUGGAUAUGAUAAGAAGGAAGACCGAAUUGAUAACGGACAAAAUUCUAUAAAUCCUCGGCAAAAAGAAAUUUCGGUAGACACAAUUGACAAUAAUAGUGUUAGAGAGAAUGAAUUUCAUAACGAAUAUGAUGAAGAUUAUACAAAUUGGAAUAUCGAAAGAUGUGCAAAAUACGAAUUUUCAUGCAAUAGUGGUGAAUGCAUUGAUAAGGGAAAAAUUUGUGAUUCGCGUAAAGAUUGUUUGGAUGGAACUGAUGAACUCAAUUGUAAACGCGAAAUUGUGGAUAAUUCACUGCGCGAUUCAAACUAUUAUCAAUCAUCCGGUAUUAAUUUUUUAUGUAUAAAUUGA